UCCCCGGGCAGUUCGAGGUUCUCAACGAAGGAGGAAGCACGCGAUUCAAGCACCCGAAAUGAAAUCUGUCAUCUGCGUCCUCGCUGCACUUGCAUGCACAUGCGCAGCACUCACGCGUGAAGGCAUCUGGAUGCAGAUGCAUUUAGGUGGUGGCUUGACCGACGGUGAAAACAUUCCCCAGCUCGCCGAGACUUUGGGAGAGAAGACGCUGGUUGAGCUCGUCACGCGGGCGGGUCUGGCGGACACACUGUCGAGUACAGCUCCCCCCGCCCCCUUCACCGUGUUCGGGCCGACAGAUGACGCCUUUGCCGCUCUCGCCCCGCAAAUCAAAGACCUCCUGAAGAACGUGACCAUCCUCAAGGGAGUCCUGCUGUACCACGUGUUGUCUGGAGAGGUCUACUCCACCCAGCUGUCCAAUGAGCUUCUGGCCAAGUCCCUCGCCGACAGCCUCCCUAUCAGGAUCAACAUCUACCAGGGCGGAAAGGUAGUGACGGCACAGGGCUCCCCCAUCGUCCUCGUGAACCAGAACGCCACCAACGGCGUUAUCCACGGCUUGAGUCGCGUCAUGCUGCCGCCAGCAGGAACUGUCGUUGACGUGGUUUCUAAUGUCCCCGGCUUCAACACACUGAAAACUGCCGUCAUUGCAGCCAAGCUCCUCCAGGUUUUGGCCGGUGAUGGCCCCUUCACCGUGUUCGCCCCGACUGACGCGGCCUUCUCUAAACUGCCUCCCGGCACCCUGGACAACCUCCUGAAGAACCUCACUAAACUCACCAGUGUGCUUGAAUACCACGUCGUGAGCGGCACAUUCUACAGCGCUGGACUGACCAACAAUAUGAAGGUGACGACCCUCAACAAACAGGACUUCACCGUCAUGGUGUCCAGUGGCGGUGUGAGCAUAGACACCGGGUCCGGCACCGCUAACGUCAUCGCUGCCGAUGUCAGCAUCACCAACGGUGUCAUCCACGUCAUCGACGAAGUUCUCAUUCCACCAAUGAUGUCUUUCCAUUUGGACAAAUAAACAACACGUUACCACAAUCUCAUGACAGUGGACUGGCGCCCAUCCGGACCUGCAAGUGUGAAUGGUCCCACUGUAUGCCUGCAGGUUGAGAAUAUCAGCCAUGGAUGGAUCACUGAGCUGUGUCAUCGCCUCAACGUUCUCGGACUCCAGAUGGUCAUCAAUAUUCCAUAUAUGGUCAUCAAUAUUCCAUAUAUGGUCAUCAAUAUUCCAUAUAUGGUCUUGCUUGUACUUCUUUGUUGUUCGGGGAGUUUUGAAUGUUGAGUGAGUUUAUAUUCCAAUUGUUUUCACCUUUCUAUCGUUGUUGUAUUUACAAUAAAAUAUUUGUACAUCGAAA